GGCUUUGCUGGGAACUUUCCCCUUGGAGGGAUGCGCAGACGGAGCAAAACUUUAUCCACCCUCUUUCCCUCUCCUUCCCUCCCAGCUUGGAGGGCGGCUGCCUGCAGGAGAAAGGGGGAGGGAAAGGAGAGCCGCAUGUGGGGGGCUGCCCUCCCCUUCCUUCCCUCCCUCCCUCCCUCCCUCCCUGUCCCCACAUGAAACCAGACUUAAUGCAAAAAAGCUGGCCAGGCACAGAAGCGGCCAAGCUCGGAGGAGGAAGGGGCUGCGCUCAGCAGCAGAGCAGGCAGCCAGGGGGCCAGCAGAAGACGGCAAAGUUUCCUCUCCCGUGAGUAAAUGCCCGCAACUCCCCCCCCCUCGCCCUAAACCUUGGGGGCCCGUCGCCACCCCACCUUUUCUCAACUCCCGCUGACUUCUGGCAGAUACAACUGCUGCUAAGCCUUUUGGGGCGGGCAGGAUGGGGCCCCACAAAAGCCUCGCCUGCUUGGGAACGGGGUGGCUCAAGGGGGACGCAGCAACUCCCCUGUAAGAAAAGGGUGCCGUCUUGGGAGCUUUUAGUUUGGAGAAAAGGCGAAGAAGAUGCAAUAGAAGUUCAUAAAAGUGUAUGUGGCCUGGACAAAGCAGACAGCGGGAAAAUUCCUCCCUCUCUCAGAACACUAGAAUUUGGGGGCAGCCCAGGAAGCUGGAUGCUGGAAGCUUCAGGACAGAUGAAAGGAAUCUAUGCAGCUCAGAGUUAAGCCAUGGAACUUUCUGCCACAGGAGGCAGGGCGUCCGCCAGCCGGGAUGUCUUUAAAAGAGGACCGAAUAAGUUCACGGGGGAGGAGAGGCCAAUGCUGGCUGCUGGCUGCUGGCCAGACAACUCUGCUCUGCCUCCACAAUUGGAAGCAGCAAUGCUUCUGAAUGCCAGAAGGGAGACAGGGCUCUUGUGCUUGGAUCCUGCUUGCAGGUUUCCCAUGGAGGCAUCUGGUAGGGCACAGUGAGAACAGGAGGCUGGGCUAGAUGGGCCCCACUUGGCCUGAUCCAGCAGCCAGGCUCUUCUGAUCUUCCUGUGAAGAGGCAGAAGGACCCGGUAAUCAAUUCUGUCCUAGAUGAACCCGUUUUGCUUCUGCCUUGCGCACUGAAGAAGAUGAGGCUGCUACUCCCUAGGAAAACUCAAAAUUUAGGGGCAGCUCCCUGGGAAAUUCUCCUGCACUGUUGAAAUGAACUUUGUGUGUGUGCCUAUGCAGGAGAACUUCCCAGAGGUCUGUGCCCCAAGACCCCGGCUAUGAAGCAGAGAUUCCUCAAGACAACCUGGGGUUUGUGCUUUCCUUGGGAUUUGUGGGGGUUUGUGGUCAUGCAGUGGCGGGGUUGCAGGGGGAAGAAACAUGCAGAGCAUUCUGCACAUGCUCAGAGGUGUUAAUCAUUAUUAUUAUUUCUUGUAUUUAUAACCCACAUUUUCCUCCAAGAAGCUCAAGGUAGCAUAUAUAGUUCUCCCUCUCCUCAUUUAACAACAACCCUGUGAGGUAGGUGGGGUUGAGGGGCAGUGGCUGGCACCCAAGGUCACCCAGGGAGCUUCAUGGCUGAGUGGGCGAUUUGAACCCUAGUCUCCCAGGUCCUAGUAAUCCAGCCCUCUAACCGCUACACCACACUGGCUCUUCAUAUGUCCUGGGGUCUGCUCUCAGCGCUGAAAAUGGGUAAUGGGGGAGGGGGGGCUGAGCUGAAGCCCACCUUCCUUAGCUACCUCUUUGGUCUCCACGCCAAAAACAUCCAUGCAACAAGAAUGGAGGGAAAUCACAGCUGCUCCUCCUCCUGCCAUGGUUCCCUGCCCUGUUGCCAGCAAGUUAGAUUCAGGCUCAGAUGUGUGCAGCCUGGCUCUGCCAAUCCUUCCCCGCCCUGCGGAGUCCUGUGGCAAAAUCAGAACAUGGGCGUAAUCAGGCAGGCUUUGCAUGUAAGCCUCACUCCAAAUCCACCUGACCUUCUAGGUAUUUUGUUCAGGGGUUACCAACCGACUAUCGGGAGGGUGCUGAGGGCACUAGUCCCAGGUGGCCUGCCAUGGGGUGUGUGGCAUAAUGCAGAUCUAGAGAGGCAUAGGAGCACAGGAAGUGGCCUUCUACUGCCACCCCCGGCCACCGACAGCCUUGGGCUUGCCAUGGAAAGCCAGCCAUGUCCUGCGGGGGCUGAUUAUAGAGUUCACAUAAUGUUGAUUUCACAGAAUCACAGUUGGAAGGGACCCUAUGGGUCAUCUAGCACUGGUCCCAUUUGUAGUCAGGUGAAGGACAGGCCCAACCACCAUUGCAACCCAGGAGUCUCUUGAGUUGGUGGUGCCAGUGGAGCAGCGUGUGACCUCAGAUUUCUCCUGUGGUGGUUUGUUUUGCUUCUUUAGAGGAUUUUAUAUCUGUACAAAGACCACAUUGUUGUUGUCAUCCAUCUGUCUCAGAAGGCAAGGGGAGAGGGCACCUUUGGGGGUGAAGUCAAACCGCUGGGAGGCUGCAGCACCCGCUGUGGCUUGUAGAGAUCCAUAUGGGAGAGACGUGUUUUGUUGCAGCUGGGGCAGAGGAAGGCAUGCGGUUGUGCUGCUGCAGAUGCACCACUGCGCUUUCUCUCUCUGAGCUCCAGCACCCGUUGAAGCAGGCGGACUGGGGCGGGUCAGCACUUAUUGACUGGGGCGGCCCAGCUUAAGGCAGGCCCAGCUGACCAGUGAGAGACAGUGAUCUCUCCCACCGAUGGAAGCAACCUGUAGUCCUUGUUUUUGCUGUGUUAGCGGCACCAAAGUGACUUCCCCAGGGUGCAGGCCUGGGCAGUGUGUCUGGAGGGUCUGGGCUGCCCAGACAACAAGACCCCCCUCUUGGACUUGCUGAUGGGGUCCAAAGGAAAGCAGAGCAAUACAUUUGGCACCAGCUUGGCCAAAGGAGCUGCCGGCAGGAGGCGUACAAGGCACCAUCCACAGUGGCUUCAAAUAUGAACAUAAAGAUGAAAAAAACCACCACACCACAGACAAAUAUAAAGCAGAAGAAUCUGAAACUACAAAGCAGAAGCAAAUAAAGCAGUUAAUUAGCUAUUCAUUGCUAUUUAAUGUGUCAUUUUAAUUAACUUGUGCAUUACUUACUCUGCACCAUCUUAAUAUUUCUGAAUUAAAGGCAAUAUAUAAAUAUUUUGGAAUCAUAGGCAGUAUAUAUUUUAUUGAUGUUAAUGUGGGGUGGUUUGCUUUUUUAAUGUUAUUGCCUUUUAAAUUAUUAUUAUUAAAUUUAUAUGUUUGAAUUGUUAAAGGAGUAGCACAGACUUUGAUGCAAUCAAAUCAACACUAUUAUUUGGUAGAUCAGCUGCUUUAAGAUUGUGGGAUGCCUUUGAAGAAUAACAACCUGAUGAAAACAAAAUUGAAUUAAAAGCUUGCAUUAUGCAGCUGGCUAUCUGAGAAGGUUUGUGCUCAGAGUCCAGAAGAAGGUCUUGUCUGCUGAUUUAAUUGCCAGUUGAUUUGCUCCAGCUCAGAAGAGAUGGGGCAGUUCUCAGAUUACACAGCUUUUAAAACUAGAGGGGAUUUAGGGGAUAUUUUAUGCAUCUAGGGAGGAGGAGGAAGAAAGGAGGCAGAGGGAUGGGGGAGACUGUGUGCAUUUAGAGUUUGAAGAAUUUCAGACCCUCCAAAUGUCCCUGUUUUCCAGGGAAAGCCCCAGAUUUACAGAAGCCAUUCCCAUUUCUGAUUUGAGCCCAGAAUGUCACGCUUUUCCUUAGGGCGUUCCUAUUUUCAUUGGAGAAAUGUUGGAGGGUAUGGAGUUAUCCAACCCCUGAGCCGUCUGAAGGCAAUCCUGUAUACGGAAGGGUUUUUUCUUUAAUGUUUUAUCAUGUUUUUAUGUAUGUUGGAAGCUUUCCAGAAUGCCUGGGGCAACCCAGUCAGAUGUGUGGGGUAUAAAUAGGAAAGAAACCAUGGUGGAAUGGGACGUUCCUAUUUCCAUCACAGAAAUGUUGGAGGGUAUGGAAUUUGGCCUGUCACUGGGAUCUGGAGAGAGGCUGCAGGCCUUGCACAGAUAUGGCUGAUCCAUUUGAUGGAAUCCUGCUGACCCUGGUUCUCAAGGGAGGGUGCAAGAACUCUCCUUCCUUGGAGGUAUCCAAGCAGAGGUUGGAUGGUCAUCUGUCAUGGAUGCUUUAGCUGAGACCCCUGUAUUGCAGGGGACUGGGCUAGAGGACCCCCUUUUCCCUGUAUUUCUGGCAAGCACAAAAGUUCUGGAUUCCUGCUGAAGUGUUGCAAGGAUGGAGCUCAAAUUGGGUUUCAUGGUGGGGAGGAUAUUGACAGCUUAGCCUCGAUAGAUCCACAGAGCUUCCAUGCCCAAAGGCAGUCUACCUCUGAAUGCCAAGGGCUGUAGAGAAACAAUUACAGAGGGCCCUUGUGUCAGUGCCCUGCCUGGAUUUUGUGGAUCAGGGGCUAAAUUGCUCCUAAGGAGAGAAGAGCCGAUGAAGGGGUCAGGGAGAGAUGAUAAAGGAGAAGUUCUUUUCUUGAAGUAUCAUCUGGGUGGAAUGUUCCUUUCCAGUGGAAGUGAGAAGUCUAGAUAUCUUUUGCAAAGGAAACAUCCCCAUAUACGGAUUUCAAAAGUCUUUGUAAUUUGCAUUGGAUGAAACAUCCUUGGAGAGACUGGUGAGUCAGAUGGAGCUGUGAGCCAGAUGGAAACUCCUUGUUCAGAGGCAAGGCAGCUUGGAAGGCCAGAUUCUGAGGACACACAACAGCGGGUGUCUACCACCUUCAUGCCCGGCUGGUGAGCUUCUCGGACACAUCUGGGCUGGUCUCCAUUGGACUAGAUGAGCUUUGGGCUGGAUCAGCUGCAGGGCUCUUUUGAGGCUACACAUUACCAGAUGAUUCAUGCAGGGACCUCUGGCUGUUCCAGAUGCUGAGGCUGCACACUGGGUUUCAGUUAGCAGUUUUGCAGGAAGUUAAUGUCUCCAGACUUGGCAAAGGUUCUGGGCACGUUGCAUUUGAGUCAAGGGGAAACUGCUUGCAUCAGGCACAGCCCCUUUCAGCAGGAACAUCUGGACUCUGAAUAUGUUGCUUAGAAAAAGGAGCAGAGGAGAAGAAAAUUCUGGAGGAGCAUGUUAGCUUCCAAACAUGUGCAGAGUGACACCUCCUGACUGCCAGGCUGGCACUUGGGAUUUGGGGUGCAGCAGUGAGGGCAGACGGCAGAGCUCCAGAGAAGGCAGAGAAGGGGGGGGGGAGGAAGCCCUCUUUGUUUUCCACAUUAAAAACUGGGUGUGUGUCACUGGAGAGUCAGAACAGAAACAGCAGCAUUUAAACAUCUGUCUAGAUCUACUGACAGAUCCAACAGCUGGUGAAGUAAACCUUGAGUUGGAUCAGCCGGGGCUGCAUGCCUGAGUCUGCGCUCUUUGGUCUGUGUAACAGUUUCCAUUGCAAACCUCAAAUCUCAGGAAUUUACCCACCAACCACAGUGGUGUGCUCAGGCCAGGAUCUGAUCAGGCUCAGGAGCUCAGAGAUUUAUUAGAACUCCUAAACCAGUAAGCUCCCAACUCUGCAUGUUGAGAAAUAAAUGAAUUUAGACCAUCCAAACAUCUCUGUCGGCCCAAAGCCCACCCAUCUCACUGUAUGCUCCCCUCCUGACAAGGGGGCUCUUCUGAUCUCCUUCUGCCUCGGACUCUUGACUGGGUGACGUUAGGAUUGUUCCGUCACUCCUGACUGUACGGACAGACCAGAAAUAGCCUCCUUCAGAGGAGGCUGCCUGCCUGAGCCGCUCUUCUGGGCUGACACAUACAGAGUUGGCUUCUGCAGAGCUAUGAGUCACUGUCGUAUCCCUGGUCUUAAUCCACCUAGCCCAGUCUUGUCUACUCUGACUGGCAGCUCCUCUCCACCACCUGCUCCCUGAGAUGCUGCCGGGAGAUGAACCUGAGACCUUCCGCAUGUGCAGCAGGUCUUCUGCCAUCGAGCUAUGACCUCUCAAUGGAACAGUGACUCGUCCCAAGUCAUAGGCGGUGGGCAAGUUGUCUGAGGGCAACUCUCUUGGAGAAAACUUAGCCUUUCACACCAGAAGGAAACCUUUUCCAUUUUAAUUCAGAAAAAAGAGUUUGCCUUGAUUUUCUGUAACUUUGGGAAAGGUCACUUCAUUAGCGAAAAUGAGGGGAGGGAAAACUAAUUUGCAUCUCAUUUUGGGGGGAGGGUUUGGCUUUGGGGAAGGCAGUGGAUCAAAUGAGAAGAAAGGAGCUUCCAACUAAAUAUUAGGAAGAAUUUCCUGAGGGUAAGAGCGGAAUGAACUGCCUCGGAAGGUGAUGGGCUCCCUUCAUUGGAGGCUUAUAAGUAGAGUAGGAUAGCUGUCAGGGAUUCUUUUGCUGCAAUUUUCGCAUUGCAGAGGGUUGGGCUAGAUGUCCCUUGGGGUCCCUUCCAACUCUGCAGUUCUACAAUUCCAUUAGCCAACAAGAGUGAGAGGAGUGGGGAAGAAAUAACAUACCUUGUCCAUGAACUGUGUAUGUAUGGAAGAAACCCUACCUCUAGCUGGGCCUGAAACUUCACUGAAUGUGUUGAUUUCGUGGGAUUUCAUUGGCUAUUUUUGCUUAUGCCCACAUCUCAGUUUGAGGUAGGGAUUCACCAGAGCUUAACCCCAGAACUAGUUGUUGAAUAUGUGAAGUCAUUAGGACAGAUGAGAGGCCUACUGAGCAUAUGCAAAGAGGCUCACCAUUAACUUUAGCAAGCCCCCCAUCCCCAUGGAAGAAGUUCCUCCAGGUCUAAGAAUGGGACUUAGCUCAUUUGCGCAUGCUACACAUCUAAGAAUAACCAUUCCUUUGUGUUUGUUUGUUUGUUUGUUGUUUUUUUCCAAAGAACUACAAAGAACCACAUCCAAAGAACCAACAUCCAACCACUGACAUGGCCAUCCUGAUGGACAUCUGCCUGCUUGUUAUGCUGAUGGUGCCCUUGUGCGCCUCAAGAUCCAUACACAAAGCAGGGCUUGAAGACAACGGUGGCAGCGGAGAGAGCGAGGGGGCAUCCUCCAUCCCACCCCCUGCAAGCGUGACACUAGGUGCAAACCCCACCUUGAAUGACCUCAUUGUGAAUGGGACUUCAACAUCCCUCAACAUAUUGGAUGGGAUUGUGGACUUCUUCCAGAAGUACAUGCUCUUGAUCAUUGUGGUCGGCUCCUUGGUCUUCCUCUUCCUUUUCAUUGUGUGUGCCGCCGUCAUCGUCCGGCAGAAACACAAGGCUUCGGCCUACUAUCCAUCAUCUUUUCCAAAGAAGAAGUACGUGGACCAGAACGACAAGUCAGGAGGGGCCAAGGCCUUCAGCGAAGUGCCAGAGAAGCUGUCUGAUGCCGACCAGGAAGAGCCCGUUGACUCCACCAAGCAGCUGCAGGCGGAUAUUUUAGCUGCUGCACAGAACCUCAAAUCCCCAGCCAAGGCUAUCACGAUGAACGGGGAGAGUGCCAAAAUGGAGGACAGGGCAACCAAUGUCAAGGAGGAAGGGACAAAGAUGAUGGAAGAGGCUGAGAAGGAAGAGAAAGCCACUCCAGAAGAACAGGAUGGCCCAGCAGAGGAGGCUGAGACUCCAGCCCUGCCAAACUCGGUAGAUGCGGAAAUCAAUGGUGAAGAUGUGAAGGAUCAACAGGUGGAAGAAGAAACUCACCCAGCAUCUCCAGAAGAGCCCAAGGAAUCACCAGGGACUGAUAAUUCCACAGGACAAAUCUCAGAAAGUGAGGCAGAUGAGCCGGGGGCUUCACCCCCUGAUAGUACUUGCACCUCAGGAGACUAGGACACAGGGACUCCAUUGCUUGGCUUUCCACCCUUUGGCUAUCGUGUUGAAAAGCUGAUCAUACUGAACCUGUGAUGGACUUUACUUUUACUCUGUGGGCAGCACCAGGCCCUUCAGUAGAUGACGUUUCCCACCUCCAUUUUAGAGAUGCCCCAUUAGAAGUAGCAUACUGAGGUUUGCCUUAACAGUCUCUUCGUUGAAUGACUUAGCCACUCUCCUCUGACACAAGUACAAGGUGUUAUUUAGUUGGUGAGGAUGACUGGAGGAGAUCCACCACUGAGCGCUGACUGAGAUCCAAAUAUAGGACUGAAACCACUGUUGGGUUUAAACCUAUUUUGAAACGUUUUUGUGAAUAGAUAUGGUAGAACCUGUGGUUCAGGCCCAGUUCUGGAUGAGGUCUUUUUUAGCAGUCCCCAAUAAUAGUAGCUGCCUACCCAAUCCCCACUUUCCAGGUGAGUGCCUGGCUGCUCCAUAUUCUAUACUCUCCCUGGGAUCAGUAACCCAUUCUGGUUUUCUGCCAAAGCUGAAUUUACACAGUGCUGAUUGGCUGGCCUUUUGGGUAAUCAUGAAGCCAAUCGCUCCUUUUGAAGCAAGGCUGUGCAACAUGCCCAUUGGCCAGCCUUUGGGUCAAUUACAAAGCCACCGCACCUGCCUUUUUUGGAAGUAGGACUUAGCACAGGACUUAGAACUGAUUGGCCAGCCUUCCGUGUCAAUCACAAAGCCACCUCACUCUUACUUGGAGCCUUUUUUCAGGUGCUGAACAAAUUGUUGAUAAAAGAACAAUGCAUGAUGCUUAAAAAUGUGGCUGGCAAAAUUACAAUCUGGAUUCAAUCUGAAGCUGAGUAUAUGUGCCCUUUGAGGAGCGAAGGUGCAUGGGUGGAAGCAGAGCUCACCUCUUAGAAAAAAUCUCUGCCGCUGUUUACAAGUAGGUCCACCUGUGGCCUGACAAUCUUUGUUAGAGGUUCACGGUCCAAGAUUCAGUCCUGAAAUUUCAGGGCAGCUUCUGGUCCCCAGAUCUCUCCUGGAUAUUUUUUCGUGAUGUUAGGUUUUAAAUUUAACUCCCAUCCACGUGACACAGAAACCUCAGUUGGACUUGAUAAUGGAUGCCACUUCUGACACCAGCCAGGGAGACACCAACUUUGACACCACAGAUGCCUUUGUGGUCAAUUUCAGUGCUCAAACAAUCCUACAGAAGAUCCUUGCUCAAGAGAACGGGCUCGGAUCUGGGAUGUGCCCAGCUGAUUGACUGGCAUGCUUAAAGUUUCACAAACAUCCAGGCAUUUAUAUUAUUACAAGAAUUUUGGGGUGGAGAGGACAUCAAUAAUGUGUGAGAGAAGCACACCAGAACUGGCCUUUCACGCCACUUGAACCCUGAAGCAUUUGUAUCAUCAGCAAAUGAUCUUAAGAUAAUUUUGAAUUUAUAAUAUCUGUGGAAACAGCAAAUAUUUGGGAAACUCAAAAAAUCUGCCUAAAAUGCCAGUAAUGUUGGCUGGACAUUUUUACUCUUUCUACCAGCUCUGACAGGGUUCAGGGGAGGUAAACUAAUUUGUUUUAAAACUCACUUUUGUACUUUUGUGAAGGACUUUUGAGUGGCUUUAUUGUUUCCAUUUGGGAUUCUGAGACAUUUUCUUCUCUGGCCUGCUCAGGAAAGAGAGGAAUACUUUUAGCAAACGUUACAGCUGGACCAAGAAACUCUUUAUCUUUAUAUGUGACAAGCCUUGAAGAAUUUGAGCGAGGGUUUUAUUGGGGGACGACCAUUUUCGCCAAGCUUCUUCACAAAGGUUCUGAUAAUAUUUAUGAUUGUGGCCAUUCCUCAGAACACAAGAUAAUAGGGAAGCCCUCUCUGAAGUCAACAAAAGCCAACAAAAAAACAUGGAUGGUUAUGCUCUCUCUAAGAACAGGGAUUUGUCAAUGCAGGCUGGUGGGCUGUGGCUGUGUGCCAUGGAGGGGCUUGGGGAACUAGGUGGGGAUCAUGGAAUUGUAAAGUUGGAAGGGACCCCCAAGGGCCAUCUAGUCCAACCCCCUGCAAUGCAUUAGUGAUGUUUGCCCUGCCCGCUUUCUGGCUGGCUGCGUCCAGCCUCCAUUUAAAUUUCCCAAUAUGCUUCCAAAUACCAGGUGCUGGAAGCCACCAAAGAGGCUUGUGCUCUUGUGAUCGUCUUCUAUCACACAAUACCACGCACACCAUUCUCCUGGGGUGCUGUGGAGAAUUAGAACCCUGGAGCCCCUUGCAUUCAAACCCAGGAGGACCCAACAACCCGGGCAGGCCGCCCCUUCAUCCUUUCUUGUUCAACAAGCACCAGGGAUUGGGUGGUUUUUAGGUGAACAGCUUCCGGGAUCCCUUUGCGUGACCAGUGGGAGCAAAGGCAACAUGAGGGGCCAGAGGUCCUUGGCUGAUUAAGACUCUGCGGGUCAAGGGCUACAGGGCCUCAACCAGGAACCUCGGGCCUAGAGUUACCUGGGCAGAAAUAAUGAUUUAUCUGGAAGUGCCCGUUCUCUCUGAUGGAAAAAGCAACUCUCCCCUUCAGUGGUUAUGCCAUGUUCUGAAAAACAUUUUGCUUAAAACCACACAGGGUAAAAAAAGGCCAAGGCUACUUACUGCACGGAGUUUGGGGCCCUUUUGCAAAACUACUUUGGCAUUAAGUGUGGAAGGGGAAUGACGACCAGUACAGGGAUUCCUAAGAAUGGCUUCCACCAAAGCUACUCUCUUGGACUCUUCCAUGGAAAAUGUUGGCAGGCUUCGCAAAACAGUAUUCGGUCCCUGGGCAACCACCGCAGAAUAUCUGAAAUCAUUGCCAUCUCGUCCAGAAGUCACAGCAGCUGCCCAAAGAGGUUCAGAGAAAUAAACAGAGGGGUUAUCUCUGCAUUUUUAUAAACUGAAACCUAACCAAUUACUUAAGAAAUAACCUGAAUAUUAAACAAAUUAAUUAAGUAAAGUUGCAGACUGCAAUGUAUAUUCCCUGCACCUCCUUCCACACCUUCUUUAAACCUUCAGUUACCCAUGCACACAAAUAUACAUUCCUAUGCAGACCUAUGUUCCAUUUUUCAGUUAUUUGUUUUUUUCUGUGUGCUGCUCUGUGGUAAACUGUUUUUGAAACAGAAGUUUAGAAACGUUUUCUUUUUAAUCUGCUAUAGGUGUGAUAUGUCUCUGUGUAAGAGCGUCCAUUCAAGGGGAGGCGGAUAUCAGAUUCCAUUGGACACAAACAAGCCUCCACCUCAAAGAGCUUUUCUCUUGAAGGCUGCAGGGCCAGCCCUACCAUUGAGUAGAGUGAGGCACUUGGGUGUUGUGGAUGGGAAUCAAAGUGGUGGUUAUGUUCUGCAUUGAUUCCUUCUUUCCAUGGGAGGGGCCCUUGUGGGUUUUUCUGCAUUGGGUGCCAAGUUAACUUGGCCAGCCAUGAACACUGAGUGCUUUGACCUGGGCAGUGGAGGGUGGGUGCCACAGCCUAUUCUGCUUCAGACAGCAAAAUACUUUGGGCUAGCCUUGGGGAAGUGAUUAGAAUGAGCGUUGCCAGGUCCAGAGCAUCCCUUAUGCAGAGACUUCAGGGCUGUGGUCAGUGGGCUUUAUAAGACUCAGCGACUUCUCUUGUCACCUCAUGAAUCUUUGCACCCAAAAGACAUCUCCUGGCACACCCUGUUUCCUCCUCACACUACAGCCUCUGUCCUCAGUAGGGAGUCACCCACCACCCACACUUGUCUCUUCCGCCUCUGAGGAGCAGCAGGGAUCAUUCUCAACACUGCAUGCUCCAAAGCCACCUCGGUGUAUUCAUAGGUUUGCAACUGCGGUUCUUGCUCCUCUGGCCCAGAAUCAGAAAAUAGAUUGCUAGCAGGGUAGGAGUUUAGGGCCUCUCAUCUGGACAUAUUUCUCCCAAUCCCUGUAUUUGGACCAAUAUAAUGAAUUUCCCCUUAUUGCUUAUUGGAGCUUAUCUGGAUAUUAUUAGGAUAGGUUAUAAAGGCAGGAGCCUUAUGGCUUGAGUACUUCCUUCUCCUUCAACUUGCCUUCUCCAGACUGCAAUUCCCUUUCUCUGAGAUCAUUUCCUUGGAAGGUAGCAAGUGGGUUAUUUGCGUACUCAUCCACAAUUAGAAUCAUAGAAUCAUAGAAUCAUAGAGUUGGAAGAGACCACAAGGGCCAUCGAGUCCAACCCCCUGCCAAGCAGGAAACACCAUCAGAGCACUCCUGACAUAUGGUUGUCAAGCCUCUGCUUAAAGACCUCCAAAGAAGGAGACUCCACCACACUCCUUGGCAGCAAAUUCCACUGUCGAACAGCUCUUACUGUCAGGAAGUUCUUCCUAAUGUUUAGGUGGAAUCUUCUUUCUUGUAGUUUGGAUCCAUUGCUCCGUGUCCGCUUCUCUGGAGCAGCAGAAAACAACCUUUCUCCCUCCUCUAUGUGACAUCCUUUUAUAUAUUUGAACAUGGCUAUCAUAUCACCCCUUAACCUCCUCUUCUCCAGGCUAAACAUGCCCAGCUCCCUUAGCCGUUCCUCAUAAGGCAUCGUUUCCAGGCCUUUGACCAUUUUGGUUGCCCUCCUCUGGACACGUUCCAGUUUGUCAGUGUCCUUCUUGAACUGUGCUGCCCAGAACUGGACACAGUACUCCAGGUGAGGUCUGACCAGAGCAGAAUACAGUGGCACUAUUACUUCCCUUGAUCUAGAUGCUAUACUCCUAUUGAUGCAGCCCAGAAUUGCAUUGGCUUUUUAGCUGCCGCGUCACACUGUUGGCUCAUGUCAAGUUUGUGGUCAACCAAGACUCCUAGAUCCUUUUCACAUGUACUGCUCUGAAGCCAGGUGUCACCCAUCUUGUAUUUGUGCCUCUCAUUUUUUUGCCCAAGUGCAAUACUUUACAUUUCUCCCUGUUAAAAUUCAUCUUGUUUGUUUUGGCCCAGUUCUCUAAUCUGUCAAGGUCGUUUUGAAGUGUGAUCCUGUCCUCUGGGGUGUUAGCCACCCCUCCCAGUUUGGUGUCAUCUGCAAAUUUGAUCAGGAUGCCCUUGAGUCCAUCAUCCAAGUCGUUGAAAGAUGUUGAAUAAGACCGGGCCCAAGACAGAACCCUGUGGCACCCCACUAGUCACUCUUCUCCAGGAUGAAGAGGAACCAUUGAUGAGCACCCUUUGGGUUCGGUCAGUCAGCCAGUUACAAAUCCACUGAGUGGUAGCAUAGUCAAGACCGCAUUUUACCAGCUUCUUUACAAGAAUAUCAUGGGGCACCUUGUCAAAUGCCUUGCUGUGGAUGUGAAGAAUGGAAAAUGACUCCUCCAAGUCCAUCUCCUCCCAUCUCUUCCUCCUCUGGAGGGUGGCGGGAAUCAUUCUGUGCACUGUACCUUCCACAGCCACCUCGGUGUAUUCUGAGGUCACCAACUGCUGUCCUAGUUCCUCUGGUCCAGAAUCGGUGUCCAAGGUGAGAGCAUGGAAUUGUUUUUGCAGCUCCAAUGAUACAACAUGGUUCCUGACAGUCCUACUUUGGUGUGCCACAUUCCUCCAGGGGUUCAUCUCCUGCAACGGGCAAUCUUCCUCCUCCUUACAGGCACCUCACCUGUGUUGCUGCUCCAGCACAUCCCACGCAGCUCUGUCAAGAAACUCCGCAUCUUGUCUUGUAGCUGGAAAUGUGGCUAGGCAGGCCUCAAGUUGUUGUACCUUCUCUUCCAACCAAUGCACACUUGCUACAAGUGUACUUUUGCACGCUCUCUGGUAGGAAGACCAACAUGGUGCAGCUGCUGCAGCCCCUCGCCCUCCAUGUCUCUUGGGGUGUGUGUAGGGCCUCCCCUCAAACGCCCCCACUAAAUGAGGGCAUUCACAGGCUCCUGGCACAAGCUCCCAAAAGCUACAACCAGCUAAGUCUUAACUGCGGAUGGAUUCAAAAUGGCAUCCAAUUGUUACCAACCAUAUACGGAAACCUGCUCCUCAGGAGCCAUCAGGCAGAAUUUGGUUAUAAUAUAUUACAAGGUGUCUAAAUGCAUAGUGCACAUAAAAUAUUCUAAAAUAUACAGUUGAUAC